AUGGACGCACUAUUAUUCGCCAUUGACUUAGAAGUCGUGUUGCUUCAAAUGGGCAUUUUAGAUAGGAGUGCUCAACGAAGAUUUCCAGCUUGCGGGAUUCGAAGUAAGAAACAAAAACAACUCUAUGACAAACUUGUUAGAGAUCGGUCAAUAGAAGAUAUCACGAUGGAAUUGCAACGAAACAGGCAGCAAUGGUCACUUGAUCUUCGUAAUUGUGACAUAAAAAUAGCGUUUCUUCGUGAUAAUAUAAAGGAUAGCGUCUUGAAUACGCGUCUUCAAUUUAACUAUGUGGAUAAAUGGUUAACCGCACGUGCUGAAUCUGUGGAACUACAAACACAAACCAAGAUCACACCAGCACCACGGCUUGAGUUUGAGGACUGCGUGCAUGAUGAACUGCUACGAGCUUAUACUCUACAGAUAAAGGAACGGGAAGAGUUAUUGGAAUACUGGAAAUCGCGGUACGCUAAUGAUACUGUCGAUAUAGAAAGUCGACUCACCGAACAGUGCGAAAAAUUACGAGUCACAGUGAAACGCCGAGGAGAGUUAGAGUCUUUGUACAAAUUACACGAGGGCGAGAUGCGUGCAUGGCUGACUUUCAAAAAAGAGCGCGCAGCCAGACUUGCCCGUGAAGACCGCUUGCGCCGAGCCGCUACGCGCGUUCAAGCGUGGUGGCGAGGCGUCAUGGUGCGCCGCGCGAUAGGAACGUUCCGUUACUUACGGAACGUAAAAAAAAACAUGCCGAAAAAUAAAAAGAAAUAA